AUGUCUAUCCCCACGAUUGACCUGAGCCAAGCGGAAGAUGUAUCAACCAGACCUCUGCUGCUAGAUCAACUCCGCAAUGCACUGCUCGAGGUCGGGUUUCUCUACCUGACCAAUCAUGGCAUCGAAGCUUCUGUCAUCCAGGAGCUGGUUGACUUGCUUCCAAGACUAUUCGCACUUCCUGAGGCUGUCAAAGAAUCUGCUGCGUUGGUGCAUUCUCCCCAUUUUCUAGGCUUCAGUAAGUUCGGCUCGGAGACGACCGCCAAAGCCCAGGACGAAAGGGAACAGUUUGAAUUUGCGAAUGAACUACGAGUAGAAGACAGCAAUGGUGGGCCGCAUGGGCUGCCACUGCACAUGAGGCUGCAGGGGCCCAACCAGUGGUUGGACUCGGAAGAGCUUCCACAGCUCCGCAAGGUAGUGGAAGCUUAUCUCAGCGCGCUUCAAGGUGUAGCUACGAGGUUUCUGGACGUGGUGACUGAGGCCCUCGGUCUGCCUGCGGGCACGCUGUCGGCCUUCACAAGGUCACAGGACCGCCUCAAACUUGUCCAUUAUAGACCGGCAGCGGAUGCCACACUCAACGCACACUCCCAAGGAGUAGGCCCGCAUAAGGACAGCAGCGGGUGGAUAACAUUACUGCUGCAGGCUUCCGACCCGUCGAUCAAGGGGCUACAGGUCCUUUCCAAGGAUGGACUGUGGCUUGAUGCGCCCCCGGUGCCCGGAGCACUGGUGGUGAACGUGGGCCAAGCUUUGGAGGUCGUCACAAACGGGGUGUGCAAGGCUACGACUCAUCGAGUUCUCCUGCCGCCUGGGAACUACGAUCGCUACAGCGUGCCGUUCUUCCAGGGCGUGCGACCUGAUUUGACAAAGGAUGAUCUGAAAGUUCUCUGGGAGCACUUCGAUGCUGAGAAGUGGAAGACGAGGGAGUCAGAGGAGGGGCAGAGGAUUGAUAGUCCCUUUUUACGGGGCAAGUAUGAUACUUGGGGAGAGGCACAGUUGAGAACUAAGGUCCGCAGUCAUAGGGAUGUGGGGAAGAGGCAUCAUCCUGAUGUGUUUGAUAAGUACAUCAACGAUGAGUGA